UGUAAUGGAGAGCAAGCAAUUCACCCCCAUACAACAACUUGAGAAACACUGACGACACCCAAAUUCUUUGCAUUCGAAAUGCGUACAGCUUUGACGAGCGCGGGCAAAUUGCCAUGGACACCAUUGUAUACAAACAAAUCGAAAGAAGAUAGACACAGCCGCGCUCCGGCCACAAAUGCUUAGGGGGCCAGCGUACAACAGUAGUGGCAGGACGGAGAGAACGAACAGGUAAAACUAUAACACUGCGCAAAAAGUGACCGAACGAGUUCGUAUCAUCAAAUGGCGAAUGGAAAUUAUCGAGCUUGAGGUAUUUAAGUUUAUCUCUGAUUUUGCCUUCCUGUCCGGACGGCCAACCGAGCCGAGCAGCCAGAUUAGCCAGAGUACUGAAUUUUAAUUUGUGUGCAAAUUCUUUCGCGGCGACAGGAAAUUGCAUCACUUCAGGAAAUUUCGAAACAGUUCGUGGUCUGUCAAAGUAAAUCGAACGAAUUGAGGAAAUUUUCCAUUGACGGAAGGAAAUUAAACGUAUACAACAAGGAAUAAUAACGAAGCCAAACGGGAUGAGACAAAAACGGCACCAGCAAUAGCCAGGAACGAAAAUAAUGCGACCAAAGAGGUGUUUCUUGAAUUAAUUCAUCUCCCAUCCCGGUUCGAGUCACACAAACAACAUCCUCGUGAAUUUGGAAAACGGGAAAAAGGAAACGAACAAGUUGCAAAUUUUAAAACAUCUACAUUUUUGUUCGCCGUUCGUCUCCGCUGGACCCUGUUCUGAGCAAAAAGUGGUCCAACCAGGCUUCGAAAAUUUCCACUAAAUAAUAAAAGAUUGCGCGAAAGAUUGCAGAGUCCGGGGAACAUCGGAACAAGCGGGGGGCUGGUGCCCUGGAAACGUGAAGAAUUUGCUCAACGAAAUUAAGGGAAACGAUCCAGCAGGCUCGAUUGGGUUCGAGAUACAGACGGCCGAGAAUCGAGAACGAUAACCGAGGCGACGUGUUUUCUUGACUCUUUCUUAUUUGUUUCGGAACGCCCAAAAAUGGCCAACAAAUGACCGAAAAGCUGCAACCGCCACAACAACAACACGCCGUGAGGAAGAAAAUUAUAUAAUGGACAAUUUUUUUGCAGCUGUAUCAUUAUUUCGUCGUCGGAAAUAUGACGAGUGCAUCGAGGUGUGCAACGAGCUGCUGCAGAAUAAUGCCCUUCAUCAAGGUCCUUGGGAGCUCAAGAUGCGAUCUAUGACCCAGCGAGUGUACAUCGACGAUAUCGAAGCGGACGACGAUGUGGCCGAGGAUAUUUUGGACACGCAGACCAUCGCCACGGCCCCCAGACCGGGCACUUCGAUCCGCACGGCUGCUGCAAUGGCUACCUCGACCGCCGCAGGAAAGGGAACGGCAGCUGGUGCUCGGCCUCGAACUGGAACCGGGAGACCAAUUACAGGCAUUUCCCGUCCGGGUACGCUUUCGCUGCAACGACCUGGGUCUACCUUGGGCAAUAAAACUGCACUGAAAACCGCAAGAACGGCCGGAUCCGCGCGGAACAUACGGCUCGGGUCGGCGUCGAUGUUUGCCGUGGGCGAUCCAACUGGGCCACUGUUUCACAUUUCACGGCUCCACCCGGACAAGUACGCCGACAAGGACUCACUUUCGAAGCCACUGUUUCAGUACCUGUACUAUCACGAGGGGGAAGUCCGGAAGGCGAUGGCACUUUGCGAUGCGGUGCUAAAUUUGAAACGAUCCGCUGCCGGCUGGUGGUGGAACACGCAAAAGGCACGCUGUCUCAUUGCUACUGGUAGUCCACGCGAGGCGGAGCAAUAUCUGAGGACGGCUCUCGUCGAGUUUUUCCACCCGGACACGGUGCUACUGCUGGCGAGGAUCUACAUCAAGAUCGAUCAACCUUCUGCCGCGCUGGAAGUUUGCAAAAGUGGUUUGGAGAAAUUGCCCAAUGACAUCACUCUACUUACUCAACAAGCAAGAAUUCUCGAGCUGGUAGGCAAUCUCAGUGCAUCCGUACGACGCUACCGUCAGAUAUCCCAACUGGACUCUAUGAAUACGGAAGCUUUGGCCUGCAUUGCGGUAAGCUACUUUUAUGGCAAUCAACCGGAAACUGCUCUGCUCUACUACCGACGAAUAUUGUCUAUGGGUGCACACAACGCUGAACUUUACUGCAAUAUUGGACUGUGUUGUUUAUACGGCGGACAGCUGGACUUGGUGUUCCCAUGCUUUCAAAGAGCUAUUCGAAUGGCCACCAUUCCUGAGUUGAAGGCAGACAUUUGGUACAAUUUGAGCUUUGUUGCUUUGACCACUGGAGAUGUUCACCUGGCUCGACGCUGUCUGCGGCUGUGUAUUGCCAUAAACGGUUCGCAUGGAUCUGCCCUGAAUAACAUGGCCGUCAUGGUUGCCCGCCAAAAGCAGUAUGCCAAAGCUAGGUCCUAUUUGAUGGCAGCCAAAGCUGCAUUGCCUGCCAAUGAUGAGAUCAAAUGUAAUUUGGAGUAUUUGGAAAACUUUGAAUAAAUAAAGGAAAACCUGCACAGUAUGAAUGAAGAAUGGAUAGUUACAUACAC